GCGCGCGAUCGAAGAACGAGGGCUGAGGGUGUGUUCGACUGCUCGUCUUUUCCCUUUCUUGUUGUUUGUUCGCGCUCGCGUGACGCGCGCGUGUGUGUCUCGCCUCGGCUCGCGGCGAGGAAAACGGACGACGAGGUGAUAGUAGACGUUACUCACUCGAGAGAGUGUGUUAUCUCGGAGAUGUUGCACCGGGAGGGACCGCUGGUAGAGUUCGCCGCGGUAUGGACCUGACCACGGGAUGAUUAGUGCUCGCGAUACACUUAAGAAAUACGCGAUCGGCCGCGCGGACUGGUCGCAGGAGUGAGUGAACGCGUGGAAUCGCGGGGGCGGGAAAAGCUCGGCGGAAUUUCCGUUGUUGGAGAUUGUUUGUCGAUCUCGGGCUGACCGUCGUUCGACGGCAGCGUCUUCAAGUCACGGACACGCAGUGCGUUUCUGUUGUCACCGUGGACGGUCAUCGUGGUCGCCGCGUCAGGUAGAUGAGACUUUCCGCGGUUCGGUCCCGCGCACACGUGACAGCGUUCUCCGGAGCGAUCCCGGGCCGACCGACAGCCAGCGUCGUCACGUUGUUCGUUUUCCCUCAGGAGAUCUGAGAUCCCUGACGGCCAGGCAGGCAAGGCGUGCGUGCGUGCGUGCGCGCGUGUAGGUGGACGCACGUGCGUGCGUGCGUGCGUGCACACGCGCGUGAUGCAAGUCGCGUGGACCGUCGCAAGACGCGCCGAUAAAUAAUCGCGACUCGCGCGUAUUUCGUGCUCGUCCGUGUGCUCUCUCUCUCUCGCGCGCGCGCGCGCGCGGGAAGAACCGCCGCGAGCUCGUGGAGGGAACUCGUACUCGGUGGUGUUGGUGGAGUGCGGAAGGAAUCAGGUGCGUUACACAAGCCUCGUUCGGGGACGAUCGUCCGCGACGCCGCUCACACUUCCUCUUUCUCAAGUCCUGCGCAGGAGUUGGACGGGACGACAGGGGAACGACACGAGCGCGUAGAGGAAGCUGAGAACGAGCAACGUUCGGUUGCUGUACACGCGGCAGGCGCAAAGGCGGGGUAGUUCCCGGAGGUGGUUUUGGAUGUUAGAGGGCGCGGGGGUGGCUAAAGUGGCCCCGCCGCCGGAUACGGGUCCCGAUGCCGGUCCCCGUAUCGCAAACCCUCACGCUGACCACCACCCUCGUACCCAAGGAGGAGUCAAACAUGCCCUUCAUAGACGACGAGUUACUCUGGUGCCCUGACAAUGACGGCAAGAUGGUCGAUCUAACCCAGUGCCUUCAGGAGAGCAACACAGGUCAGCCGGUGGAGUUCUCCCCGAUGGAGUUGAGCGCUCUAGUUGGAACGCCGGCGGCGUCGAAUGUGCCGGCGGAGGAGGGCGAGGGUAUGCCCGGUGUCACAGGAGAGGAACCCUUCGAUCCCCUGGAUACAUUCCUGCGGGAACUAUCGGUUGACCUGCCUGAGCCUAGUCAACCGACCUCCACCACGACUUCCGUAACUUCCUCCUGUAGGCGGCAGAGGUACAACAUCGCCGCUGCGAAUCCUCUACUAGCAGAAAAGUUGGCGGCAUCCUCGACGCAGGCGUCUCCGGCUUCCAUCCCGUACGUCGCGCGGACGGAGAUCAAGACGGAGAACAUCCAGCCAGAGCCGAGUAAGGUGGACACCAGGGAAGUCCAGCCGCACGACACCGGCGAGAAGGAGCAGCUGGGUCUCGCGAGCGUCAAGGUGGAACCGGGCUCCACCAGCGCGACGACCACCAGCAGCACCGGCACUCGCCUGCUCCAUGGCAUCCUCUCGCAGCAUCCCCAGCAGCACGGCCUGGGGCUGCAGAACGGAUACGGCCGGCACUUGGCCGGUCACGCUCAGAUGGGCCAACCGCCUUACACCACUGCCGCCAUCGCCACCACGAGUACGCCAGGAAGCGGAUCACUGCCAGCGAGCCCAGCGGACAGUGGAGUCAGCGACGUCGAGUCCAGCACGUCCUCGGGCGGCAACGAGGACGCGAAUCUCUUACUGAAGGCCAGGCUCAAUCCUAAUUCGUCCCUCCAGCCGGGCCUGGCGUCUCAUCACUCUCACUUGUCGUCAGCGCUCGGCAGAUCGGCCUGCCACAGCCCCGGCGUGUACCAGUCGACGGCGAGCUUCCUGCCGCCCUCCUAUCAUCCUCAUCAGCAUCAUCCCUCCCAGUUCCACCCGCACCGGGGGAGCUCGCCGCACCAUCAGCACAGCAACCACACCAUGGGUCCGGCGAUGGGGCCGCCCCACCACCAUCAUCACCAUCAAACGCAGAGUCUGCAGCACUUGCAUUACCGUCAGCCAUCCGCACUGUCCGAGAGCUACAGCAGUUACGUGAACUCCAUGUACGGCGGAGCCAGUCAGUUCGCAACCCCCUGCACCCCGAGUCCGCCGCGGGGGCCCGGCGGCGUACCCACCAGCGUGAUCCAGGCGGCCACCAGCUCGGUCUCGGACGACCUCUACCUUCUCGAUCUGGGCUUCCCGCCGCGUACGAAGAAGAGCAAGCUGAAGAAGCCGCGGCAAGGCGAGGCGGGCGGCGGCGGCGGCGGCGGCGGUGGCGGCGCCGCGGUGAAGCGGAAGUCGCGCGAGGGCUCGACCACUUAUCUGUGGGAGUUCCUGCUGAAGCUGCUGCAGGACCGGGAGUUCUGCCCGCGCUACAUCAAGUGGACGAAUCGCGAGCGGGGCGUCUUCAAGCUGGUGGACAGCAAGGCGGUGUCGCGGCUCUGGGGUCUGCACAAAAAUAAGCCGGAUAUGAAUUACGAGACGAUGGGCAGAGCGUUACGCUAUUACUACCAGCGCGGUAUCCUCGCCAAGGUGGACGGCCAGCGUCUGGUGUAUCAGUUCGUCGACGUGCCCAAGGACAUUGUCGAGAUCGAUUGUACGGGCGCAUGAGACAGGGGGCCGACCCGUCCCGCGGGUGACCACGAGGAGGAGCAGCGACUGCGACUGCGACUGCGACAGCAACAGCAGCAGCAGCAGCAGCAGCAACAAUGUGGCGUCUCGGCGCGAGUCUCGCGCUUACUGCGUCGGUCGCCACCACUGCCGCCGACGCGGCUCCGUCGCGGCUUCGUCGCGGAGUCUCAACCGCGCGGCGAGAGAUCGUCGUCGAGCGACGACGACUUUACCCGCCGAGACGCGCCGACCUGGCACACCCCCCAGACUUUGUAAAAUGCGUUCUCUCUCUCCCCCUCUCUCUUUCUCCUUUCCUCUUUGUCUGUCUGUCUGUCCCCCCCCCCCCUCUCUCUCUCUCUCUCUCUCUCUCUCUCUCUCUCUCUCUCUUUGUCUUUCCAUUUCUCUCUUGUUCUCUGGCUUCGUUUGUUCCUUGUAUAUUAUACCUAUGUAAAUGUAAUUAUAUUAUAAGGCGCCGUAUGACAACGUCGUCGAAGGUGGUCUCGACCGAGUACCUCGUCCUCUUCCUGCGGUCUGUCCUUCUCCCGCGAGCGCGCACACCAAAUGCCGCUCGCAGGACGGGAACAGGACCGCGCGGGCUGCAGCGGGCUGCGGCCAAUGAAUUAUUUAUGCCGUUGCUGUCGCCUUCAAUCAUAUCCUGCACAGCACUUCAAUAAGUGCCCUUGCUUCUCUCUUAACGUCCCCUCAUGCACGAGUUUUCCAGUCUUUCGUUUUGCUCCUUCGUACGAUCUUUAAAUGUCCCAUUUUCAUCAAACGCGUCGUCGAUGCGUUGUCUUUCGGUCAACACCUUACGGCAGUUUCCACUAUGAAUGACCAGAUGUGAAUGGAAAUCCUCACCUUUGAUUUUUAUUCUUUCCUCCCGAGUAGUCUGUACAACCUUUUCCAAAUAUAACCUUUCUGGAUUUAACGGGAGAUCUAUAUUCUCUCUGCUUUUUUUGACAGAUACGAUUUUUAGUCUUUACUUUCUUGACUUCUUUAAUAAAUGUAAAUCUCCUACCACGUAGCAGGUUUUUCUUUUCUUUAUCCAUUAAUGGUGGCAGCAGCAUGUGCAAAAAUUCCCUGAUUUUCAGAAACGAUAUUCUUUUUGGCAGCGGACUCUGUUAUCUUUCAUCUUGCUGACCAUAAAUGAUCGCAGAAGAAAUAUUGGCGCCUUGCUCGUUUGGCGCGCAAUCGGGCGUGCUCGCGCCGAAAUUUGUACAAAAUUUAGUUCUUAAUAUCAAGGAGCAAGUUUAUAUAUCGGGUGUACCUUUUUCACGUGGCAGGGCACCGUGGACAAAUUAUUUAAGCAUAGAUCAUUGUGGCGAAAGCGAAAAUAAAAGAAAAUUGUAUAUUCGAGAGAGCGCGCGGAUAAAUUAUUUAUUGUAUAUUAGACGUUUAUAUAUGUUACCUAAGGAAAUUGUUACGCGCGUUGACUCGCGAGCGGAAAACGUAUUACGGAAGCAAAGUCUAAAAAGUAAAAGGGAAAAAAACGAAGAAGAAGAAAAAGAGGAGGAGGAGGAAGCACACGAGGAGGAAGAAAAAAAAGAAACGAUAUGUAACGAAACGAGGGCUGUGAGAAGGGAUUACGGAAUCGAGAUGAGAGAAGAGGAGAGGUGGCACGGACGAGAGAGAGAGAGAGAGAGAGAGAGAGAGAGAGAGAGAGAGAGAGAGAGAGAGAGAGAGAGAGAAAGAGGACGAGAGGCGUCUCUCGAAGUUUUAUGGAGCGAGCUCAGGGAGGGGGUACGCACUAUAUUUUUUUAAGUAUAAGGCGGGAGGGAUUGGCCCUUUCGAUAUUGCGAGAGCUGAGGGUUCGACAACGCAAGGUGCUGGCUAAUACACGUACAUAAGUACUGUACACACACACAUGCGCGCACGUACGUGCACACACACACACACACACAUAUAUACAUACACACGAGGUCCAAGCAUAUUGUUUAGAGCAAACCUAGUGUUACUAAUUCGUAAAGAUUAUCGAGACAAACAUUAUAUAUCUCUCUUGUAUAUAGUUAUAAAGAAUAUCUUUAGUAAGAAGAAGUAUAUAUAUAUAUAUAUAUUAUUGAAUAUUAUAUAUAUAUUAUAUAAAUAUAUAUAUAUUGUAUGUUAUAUAGUAAAUGGAGCGAGUUGAUGUGUCUCUAUGAGAUUUGCCGUCACGUCGGUCGGCGCUGACGAAGGGAGCUGCUUGACCGUCUCGUGCGACGUCUCCCCCUUUCAAAACUUUACUAUUUCCUUUUAUACGUUGUACGCGAUAAAUCGCGAUCGGAUAAGCGCGCGAAAACCGUAUGCCGAUCGCGUGCGAGUCCUCUUAGUCGCGCAGUCGUAACGCACACAUCUCGCCGGUCUCUUGCUGAAAAUGCUCUCAGACUGAUCCGAGACGUCGCACGUAACAACCGAAGAAGACGCCCGGCCGAUGCUCGGGGAUGCGUAAUAAACGAUAUAACGAUUAUAACUCUAGAGCAAAAUUUAACUUAUUGGCGCCCCGGGACGUGACGCGCGCGCGAGUGCAAGUGUAUCCUAUGUAGUCCUAAGUUUUUUUGUACAUACAAGAGGAAAAACGUUGAGAAGAGAAUGCGUUUAUAAGGGGAGAAUACCACGUGUAAUGCUAAUUGGGGGAUUUAUCCUCGCGUUACGUGAGGUGUCGAGAACGGGCGGGGACGACGACGACGGGAAAAGAACGAAUGAGACGAGAGGAAGGAGGCGUAGUUAGAUAUCCGCGCGUCGUGCACACACAAAGGCCGAUUUCCGCGCGCGACAAACUCCGAGGAGAAAUGAGAAAAUACACGUGUAUACAGUAUACAUUUGAACAGUGGAUCCAGCGCUGCCAAUAAUGCCUGUUAAAGAAAAAGAAAAUAAAAGAAAAAGAAACGGUCCCUCUCCGCAUUUUACCGCUCGAGCCCGAAAUCUGUCUCUCGAGACGGUAGCACAUACACACACACAGUGCUGUCAGAUCGAUCAGUGUUUUUCGGGACACCAGAUAUAUACCGAUGAUACAAAGCAAAUUGCCUUCUCGUAUUAACAAAGAUGGUUGCCUUCUAACAAAAAAAAAGAUGCAUUAUAAAGAAAAAAAAGAGUUCUAGCGAUUUGUAUCGUGAAUACCGUCACUUUGUCCAGGUACUUAAAAGCCCUUUACAUAUACCUAGCAUCGUUUGCGAAGAAUUGAAUUUUGUAAUUUUAUCACAGCGAAAAAGUUCUUUCGUACGUGGCGACUUUUAUCGUACUUCGAAUACAAUGUAUCGGCGGGAAA